UAGACCACAGCGCUGCAGGCAGAGGCGGGAGAAUGACGUCCUGACGUGAUGACGUACUGCUUGUGCGUCAGUGGUGGAUUGGCGCCGGUAGGAUGCAGUCAGAGAGCUGUGAUUCCUCCAGCGUCCUGUUGGUGGAGCCGUUUUAUGGCGGCUCUCACAAACAGCUGAUCGACCUGCUGAAGGAGAACAUGGCCGACGUCUCCAUGUUCACACUGCCCGCCAAGAAAUGGCACUGGAGAGCGAGGACGGCCGCGCUCCACUUCAGCCAGAACAUCCCCACCUGUCACUCAUACAGAGUUCUGUUCAGCAGUUCUGUCCUGAACCUGUGUGAGCUGGUGGCUCUCAGACCCGAUCUGGCCCGUCUCAAGAAGGUCCUGUACUUCCAUGAGAACCAGCUGGUGUACCCGGUCCGCAAAGACCAGGAGAGAGACUUCCAGUACGGGUACAACCAGGUGCUCUCAUGCCUGGUGGCGGACGUGGUGGCGUUUAACUCCGCCUUCAACAUGGAGUCCUUCCUGUCCUCGAUCUCCUCCUUUAUGAAGAAGAUCCCUGACCACAGACCCCGAGACCUGGACCUGCUGAUCCGGCCUAAAUGUGUGGUCCUGUACUACCCGGUGCGGUUCCCUGAUGUGAGCAGGCUGCUGCCCGAACAUAAACUCCUCUGCAGGCCUGCAGAGCUGUCUCACGUUAAUGACAUCAUCACAGCGCAGGAGCAGCAGACUCCACGCUGUUACCAGGAGGAUCCACAUCAGUCCACAUCAGACCAGAGACCACAUCCUGAGGAGGACCGUGACCAGGAUGAUCCACAUCAGUCCACAUCAGACCAGAGACCACAUCCUGAGGAGGACCGUGACCAGGAUGAUCCACAUCAGUCCACAUCAGACCAGAGACCACAUCCUAAGGAGGACUCUGAAGACCAGAUGAGACCUCUGCACAUUGUCUGGCCUCACAGGUGGGAGCAUGAUAAAAACCCUGAGCUGUUCUUCUCCACUAUGAUCAAACUGAAGGAGAGAAAACUCAACUUCCACCUGUCGGUGCUCGGAGAGACCUUCACUGAUGUACCAGAGAUAUUCUGUGAGGCCAGGCGUCAGCUGGAGGCUCGCAUCCUGAACUGGGGUUACCUGUCAGGUAAAGAGGACUACCUGAGGGUUCUGUGUGAGGCCGACGUGGUUGUCUCGACCGCCAAACACGAGUUCUUCGGAGUCGCCAUGCUGGAGGCCGUUCACUGUGGAUGUUACCCUCUGUGUCCGAAGGCGCUGGUGUACCCUGAAAUAUUUCCAGCCGAGUACCUGUACUCCACACCUGAGCAGCUCUGCAAGCGUCUGCAGGGACUCUGCAAGAGGCCUGACGUCGCCCGCAGACACGUCAUCAAGGUGGACACCUCCUACUUCUCCUGGGCGGCUCUGAAGGAUAGCUUUAAGGCUCUGCUGGCAGCCCCGAGUCCCUGAACGCACCGCAGCGCUCUGACUUCAGUCCAUUAGCUUGGGCCGGUUGCUGCCAGGCCGUCGUCAUGCCUGACUUGACGCCAUGUCCCGCAGUAAGCGACGGUCUCAGGCACCUCGGAGCCCCAAAUCAAAGCCGGCAGGCGGGCUGGAGACGCAGAGUCUGGACCUGUAAAUGUCCCCGUGCUCUCGGGCUGGAGCAGAACUUUCUUUAUGUGUGUGGUUUUGGCGGAGGAGGGGGGUGUAAAAGCUUUCAUGUUUCCACAGGCGGUGCCACCUCAUAUAUCCGCCUGGAUCCAUUUUUAUCCUUUGUGCCGUUGACUUUCUGUCGCUCACCGCAGCGCCUGAGCGGCAGCCAGCCUGCGGUCUCAGUCUGCUGCUCCACCUGAGCUGCCAGGUUCAAAACCAGAAACCAGACUGAAGUGGAUCUGCAGACCUCGUACCCACUGAGGCCACAUGAGCUCUGAGUGUAACACAGUCCUCAACGUUUCAUUUCAUUCAGACCUGAGAGGAAAAACUGUUUUUUAUGAGACUCUCUGAUUUAGUCUGACUAUGAUCCUCAUAGAGACUCAGAGACUCAGAGUCUCAGAGACUCAGAGGGUCAGAGUCUCAGAGACUCAGAGGGUCAGAGUCUCAGAGUCUCAGAGGAUCAGAGACUCAGAGACUCAGUUUCUCUCUAAACUGUCUGAUACAGGAACGUUUAUCUGCUCAGAGGAAUAAGAACGAUGAUCCCUGAAGACGAUGACAUUCGUUGAUCCGAGCACGUGGACUUUAUAAAAAUUGAAAACAAACUGUUCUGUUGUCACUAUUAAACGGAUUAAACUGCUGA